AUGGCCGAGACGGAGGAGCGGAGCCUGGACAACUUCUUCGCUAAGAGGGACAAGAAGAAGAAGAAGGAGCGGAGUAACCGGGCGGCGAGUGCCGCGGGCGCGGCGGGCGGCGCUGGCGGGAGUGGUGGAUCGGCCGGCGCGGCGAGCGGCGGGGCGACCGCGGGGGCCCGGCCGGGUGACGGCGGGACGGCGGGGGCUGCGGGCCCUGGGGCCGCCACCAAGACCGUGACGAAGGAUGAAGAUGAAUGGAAAGAGUUUGAGCAGAAAGAGGUUGAUUACAGUGGCCUCCGAGUUCAGGCAAUGCAGAUAAGUGAAAAGGAAGAAGAUGAUAGUGAAAAGAGAGAAGAUCCAGGUGAUAACUGGGAAGAAGGUGGUGGCGGUAGCAGCGGUGGUAUAGAGAAAUCUUCAGGUCCCUGGAAUAAAACCGCUCCAGUACAAGCACCUCCUGCUCCAGUAAUUGUUACAGAAACCCCAGAACCGGCAAUGACUAGUGGUGUGUAUAGGCCUCCUGGGGCCAGGUUAACCACAACAAGGAAAACACCACAAGGACCACCAGAAACCUACAGCCACACACACUUCCCUUCCCUGCAGUCCACUGCCAAGCAUGUAGAAAGCCGGAAGGAUAAAGAAAUGGAGAAGAGCUUUGAAGUAGUAAGACACAAAAAUAGAGGUAGGGAUGAGGUUUCAAAAAACCAGGCCCUUAAACUUCAGCUAGACAACCAGUAUGCUGUGCUUGAAAAUCAGAACAGCAGCCACACACAGUACAAUUAA